CCACGCUUGGUGAGCUAUGUGACAGAGCCGCUGCGUCCCGGACCCCCUGCUCCCGGCGUCCCGGUCCUCCCAGGAUGGAUGAGAGGAGGCCAGAGUUGGAGAGGUUCCCCAGCAUCAGCUCGGUCACGCUCUACGGGGAAUUCACGCUCACCGGGAACCGAAAAGUCCGGUACUCCGUGAACCUGACCGAGCGGGACCUGGUCGUCCAGAGGCUCACGGCUGCACCUGUCGGGCGGAGCAAGGCGGUGCUCAGCCUGAAGGACUGCGUCGGCUGCCGGGCUUACCGGGGAAACGAUCCCGCGGACUCGGCGGCGUACCUGUCCGCAUACUUCUACCCGCUGCGGCGCCGCUGGAUGAGCUCCGGGGUCUCGCGGCAGAGGGUCGAGCAGUGCUUCCGGCUUUCUGCGCUCCAGGACUCGCGCGCUAACCUGGACGAGGCGGAGAAGUGGGCUCGCGCCGUCCGGGAGCGCGCUGCCCGGCAACAGCAGCUCCAUGGAGACGAGGUGCUGAUGGGCGACUUGUCUCGUCCGUGCCGGAUGAUGCUGCUGGUGAACCCGCAGAGCGGGAAGGGACAGGCGCUCAGCGUGUACAACAACCACGUCCAGAAGAUGCUCAACGAGGCCGGCGUCGUCCACACUCUGGUGAUCACCGAGCGUCAGAAUCACGCCCGGGACAUGGUGAGAGAGGCCGACCUGUCGCAGUGGGACGCGUUAGUCAUCAUAUCCGGAGACGGACUACUGUAUGAGGUGAUAAAUGGCCUGCUGGAGAGGUCGGACUGGGAGGACGCCAUCCGCAAGCCGCUGGGUAUCCUUCCUGGUGGGUCGGGCAACGCCCUGGCCGCGUCCAUACAUCACUACUCCGGAGGCUCAGCGGUGUCCAGCGAGGAGCUGCUGCUCAGCUGCGGCUUCCUGCUCUGUAAAGGCCUGGUGAGGCGGAUGGACCUGGUGUCGGUGCACCUCUCCUCCGGCCCCCGCCUCUUCUCCUUCCUGUCUCUGGCCUGGGGCUUCGUGGCGGACGUGGACAUCGAGAGCGAGAAGUACCGGCACGUGGGGGCGGUGCGCUUCACGGUGGGCACGCUGGUGAGGCUGGCGUCUCUCCGCGUCUACAAGGGCAGGCUGGCCUACCUGCCCGCCGCCAAGGACCACGACGCCCGGCAGGGUCUGGGCGACGACCUGACCCGGCGCCGUAAGGGCCGCCCGGCGCCCCUCCUGAGCCCCCCGCCCACGGACUCCCCCUGCCGCCACAGCCUCCACAACUCCUGCCACUCCAACAACUCCCUCAAGGUGCGGCGGACGGAGAGCACGCCGUCCCGGAGCGCCGCCGGGUCCCUGACGGGCCCGCCCGACUCGCUGCUGCCGCCGCUGGACCAGCCGCUGCCCCCCGACUGGGUGGUGGUGCAGGAGGAGGACUUCGUGCUCAUGCUGGCCAUGUACCAGUCCCACCUGGCGGAGGACCUGUUCGCGGCGCCGGACGCCACCCUGAACGACGGCGUCAUCCACCUGUUCUACGUCCGGGCCGGGAUCUCGCGCGCGGCGCUGCUCAGGCUGUUUCUGGCCAUGGAGAAGGGAGCGCAUCUGGCCACGAACUGCCAGCAUCUGGUGCACGCCAAGGUGCGGGCGCUCCGGCUGGAGCCGCUCUCAGCCAAGGGGAAGAUCACGGUGGACGGCGAGGUGGUGGAGUACGGCCCGGUGCAGGCGGAGGUGCACAAAGGCCUGUCCAGGUUAAUCAGUGGAUGAGCUGAGCCGGACCGCCGCCACACCUCUGCACACGAAUCACUUCACCGAAACACCUGAGAGGAAUUAAUGUCCGAUUUAUUCCUGGUGGGUUGUUUCUGAACUCCGCUUCUUUUCAUAGUGGGAGAAACUUCUGCAGGUUUCUGUCUUUAUUUCAAAAUCUCACAGUUUGUUUUUCAUGUUUGGGGUGAAAUGGGAAAUUUUUUAACUUCUGAGUGAGAGUAAUGCUCCAGAACACUGAGAAACUUUAAUCUCACAAACAGGAGCCUCAGUAACACAGAGGAGCUGCUGCUCAUCCCACAAAUGCUCGGCGCUCACACAUGUGAUGCGUUUUAAAGGGAAAUGAAUUAAAAUGUCCAGCCAAGAAGCAUUGCUACAACAAACUACUACACCAAAAACAAAUAUCUUUAUUUUAAUGAGUGGUGCACAUGAGAAAACAGGAAUUCAGCAAUAAAACUGGCUGUAAUUCAUUGAUUUAAUCAGAGUUAAUGUGAGAAUUAUCUUCAUCCGCCUGAAUAGUUCGAUAAUUAGAAAAAAGUCAUUCUAAUUGUUUAGAAGUGAAACUGUUUAAAGUAGUUUUACUAGAAGUUUAAUUUCACAGUAUGACUUUCCCAGCUGUUCCCAGCUGCAUGAACACACUGCUGGUUCAGACAUUGAACAGCGAUGUGAUUGGCCGGUGAGUUCAACAACAGCCAAUCACAUCGCUGCUUCCAAGGGGAACUCUCAUGACAAAUCAAGGAAUUUUUCAAUAAACUCCAUCAGGACUUUAGUGUUUCCAAACUGUGUUUUUAAGGAGAUUUUGAAAUAAAGCAGGACUGACCUGCAGUGAACUUACUGUGAAAAGAAACAUGACCUGAUUUCAUGAAAUCGAGCUGAGCUCUAACAAUAUAUCUAUUAUUUAUAUUUAUGUUUUUUUUUUAAAGCCUCUGUUUAUUUAAUGUUAACACUUUCUGACUGAGCGUACUGUCCAUGCAUCAUCCUCACAUCAGACCAAACCUACAGACUCGUCAUCCUCUCAUGAUGAAGAGUUUCACCUCUGUCCACAUCUGGUCAGUCUGAGGCCGCACUCAGCUUCUUAUGCCACAGCAAAGGAAUAGCUUCAUUUAUUUAUUUAUUCAGCCUUCAUGUAGUCUGUGUGUGUGUGUGUGUGUGUGUUUUCAAAAGAGUAAAAUCAACGACACAAACCCAAACAAAGCACACGGACUGUAACGCCGAGAGUCACACAUCAAGCCUGCGGUUGUUUCACUUCCAGUCUGACACAGAUUCCGAUCAGUCGGACCAGAGUGGAGCUCUGAACGAGUUCGUCGUUCCGGCUCACUCUCGGAGGAAACUGGAAGUCAAACCCGCUCAAGUUUCUGUCCAGAUUGACGCAGAAACACAGCAGGAGUGUAAACAUGACGCUUCGGUUAAAGGAAGAGAUGUAAUAUUGAACUUUUAAAACACAAUUGAAGACAUGAAAAUUAAAAAAGAAAACGUGAAAGUGUAUUUGAGUGUUUACAGGUUAUUAUUGCGGUAAAUCAGAUGAGAUCUUUAAUAUUGAAAAAUCAGUAUUUCUUCAAAUUAGUAACAUCUGUUCACACAAGUCAUUUUAUAUUUCUGCUGUUUUCACAGUUAUCUCAGUUUUCCUCCACUAAAAUACGGCAAAUGAAGCAAUUUGAAUAUUUCUCCUUUUAGACAUUUAAAAUGUUUUUUUUCUUUUAAUUUCAAUGAUUACCUGAAGUGAGAGCCACAGAGCCUGUCACAGUUUCCCCUCAGAUGAGGAUCCCCACUGCGCCGGCUGGUUUCUCUGCUGUGGCAUAAGAAGGGAGUGGAGUCCGGCGGCCGGAGGCUCUGCUCUGUCCUGCAGCUCUGCUCCUGUCGGCUUGAUUGAUGCAGGCCUGUUUUUUUCCUUCACUGUGCAUUCCCCCCCCCCACCACACACACCUCUGCAGUCCAGAUCUGUCUCUCUAUCAGUGAGCAUCACCGAGGUGUCCUUAACAUUCAGCUUUAAAUCAGAGGAGUCGAUCGCUCCGCUUCACGUCUGUCUAAAUAGAAGGAAAAGGAUCAGGUUGAAUUCAUAGACACUGAGAGGGCGCCAGCAGGCUUUAGGGGAGGGUGGGAGCAGGUUAAAACAGCCUGGGGAGCGGAUGGGGGGGGGUUAUCGACUUGUUAAAUGCUGCAUGAGGCAGGCGGUGUUUUGUUCCCGACCGGGCGCCUUCCCUCUCUCUGCUCUCCGCAAGAAACCACCGGGGAACAUUAGCAAACUGUGGAAAAGAGAAAUCGUAAACCGGAGGAGAAGAAACACUGCUGUGACUCAAAGAAACAGCCUGGAUAGACAGACCUCUUCGCCUUUUUAUACCGUUCACUGUGGAUUCAUACCACAAUGUUCCACUGAAUCCAUGCAUAAAAAGAAAUAAAUAUAUAAUAGUAUAUUUUGGCAGUUUGGACGUGUAAAACAUAUUAAGGCAAAUAAGUGUCUCUAACCAGGUUUGUGUAAAAGUGGAAAAUAACAUGAAACGGCAGAGUUCAAAGCUUUGAUGUGCCUACAGAGUCGCACCUUCUCAUGUUUUCUGUUUUAUCCGACAUGCUAAAAGUGUUGGACUCUGUAAAUACUGAGCUGCAAGAGACCAAAAUCAAUCUCCUCCCUGUAUGAUUUACUUUUACUGGUGCUUUUUUUUUGUUUGUUUUUGCACGCUUGUUGCCAACGCCGCUCCGAAGCCUUUGUGUGACCUCGAGGUCAAGUUUGUACCGUUCAGCUGCUUCACCAGUUUAACUCGUGUGGAUGAUUCUCGCCAGAGGAAGGACUCUGCAGCAGAGGAGCGACAAGCACAGAAGAUGGAAACAGUACUUGAAAUCCCGCUUUAAUCGUUUCCCUUCAGUUUUGUUCCAGGGCACAGAAAGUGGUCUGCAGCAUGAAACACCUUAAACCUUCAAACUUGAUGUUUGAGACAAUAACGUUAAUAGACCUUAACUGCUUGAACUUUGACCUUCCAGGUUAAAAGAAUUAACCUGAGACACAGAAAGCUACAGACCACUUACUUUUUUUUACCUAUGCAAAGUGGGCUGUUUUGUGUGCAGUGGUCCUUUAACAUGUGCCUUGAGUGUGCUGCCCCCUGGUGGUUGAACAUGGCGGCGCACGCACAAGUUCUAGCAGAACAGGAGGAUUCAGAAUUGGUGGCAACAUGUUGCAAAUCUUGAAUGAAGCUGCAUCCUGUUGUUUUGCCUGCAGGAGCUGAUCAAUAACCACUGUGUGACAAUACUUCCGGUUUCCUGCUGAUCUAGUCUCGUCUGUUGAUUCUUGUUUUUGUUUUGUUUUUUAAUCUGCUGCUUCUGAACUGCGGUCUGCUCCUGUCUGUGAGGGUUGGUGAAGGGAAAGUAGUCUUUUUUUUUUUUUUCUGGCACACUGAAGAUUGAAUGAUUGAUUCUUUAUUCCAAGAGAGAUCUAUUUUUCCAUUUAGAUGAAUGUAAGUUUUAUAUGAUCAGAGGAAACCGUCUGCUGGAGAGUUUUUCAUUGAGAAAAUA